GUUUUUUUCCCCAAUCCAAAACAUAACUUUUCGUAUCCAAAUAUUCGCCCAGUAGCCUCCAAAGUCUGUAUAUCAAUUGACGCAAGUCAAUUUAGUCAGCUCGGACAAUGUAUCGAUUCAUCAAGCGCAUAGGUAAUGGGGCCUUUGGUGAAAUUUAUUUGGGCAUAGACCUUCAGACAAAUCAAGAAGUGGCGAUCAAAGUGGAAUCAAUAGAAACCAAAGAUCCUCAGUUAAGAAAUGAAGCAAAGAUAUAUUCUAUAAUGAAGGGAGCGAUCGGAUUCUCCUCACUUAGAUGGAUAGGAAUAGGAAGCCGUUAUACAGCACUGGUGAUGGAUCUAUUGGGAUGCAGCUUGGAUCGACAAUUAAGUGCUAGAGGCACAUUCAGCUUGAAGACUGUCUUGAUGCUAGCCGAUCAGAUGAUUGUUCGCUUGGAGCAGCUCCAUAGUGCAGGAUUCGUACAUCGAGAUAUCAAGCCUGGAAAUUUUGUGAUGGGACGCGGAUCACGUUCUCAUAUUGUUCAUCUGAUUGACUUCGGACUUUCUUGCCGCUACCGAGGUGACGAUCAUCAACACAUUCCUUACAAGGAAGGUCAACCGUUGGUUGGGACGGCGUGUUAUUCUUCGAUCUGCACCCACCUGGGUAUUCAACAGUCGAGACGAGACGAUCUCGAGUCAUUAUGCUACAUGUUAAUCUCAUUUCUUACGGGAAGCCUUCCUUGGCUGGGGAUCCGGGCCGAAUCGAAACUGGAAAAACACCAGAUAAUGGCUGAACGAAAGAUUCGAACACCCUUAGAAAAACUUUGCCAAGGCUUGCCUCAUGAAUUCGCCUGUUUCUUGAACUAUACUCGUCAACUCAGAUACAAAGAUAGGCCAGAUUAUGAACAUAUUAGGAGAAUGUUCAAGAGCCUCUUUCUCCGGAAAGGUUAUCGUAUGGAUUUGGUUUUUGAUUGGUCUUAGGAGAAGGCUAACAGUCUUGAGUUUCUUGCUUUCUUUUUCUAAAACUUUAUGCUUCUUGCGAU